AUGAGGUGUCAUCAGCUGAUGCCAAACUCAAACAUUCAGACAUCGUGCGUGUUUGCGGGAUUGAUGAAGAUUCACUGCAUGAGUAACAUAAGCACUUUGGCUCAAAAGCAUCCCUCUCAGUGUUUGAUCUCUUCCCAUCUCGGUAGAGCUACCUUGGGAUGUUGAGCUCCAAGCAAAUCCCCGCUGAAGACGAAUCGGUUCAUCAGCCCGGUUCAGUGGUCCAUUGGGUGUUGGUGAAUGAUGGAACAGUAAAGACAUUGCACUGGGCCUUGGCCAACAUGAGCAAUGUCAUUUGGCCUGCGGAUGCUUGUUGCCAGCUCUUCUACAACACUCCGGGCUUUGUCAAGUUGCCAAGCGACAUCAAGAUUCCUCAAGAAGUCCCUGGAGGCUUGACGGUUGAGGUGGACAUUCCUGUCCUUUUGCCGGAGCAAUCCGGCCAACCCAAAGCGAUGUGGGCCAUUUUCAGUUCCAGUUGGGAGAGAUUCUGAUUGCGAGUUUGACGUCAGUGAUUUCCCCUUCAUGGAUUGGAUGCUGGUAGCACUGGAAGCCGAGGUUGAGAGCUUCUCAAGUUCCGAGACCCAAUCCCUACAUCUCCAUCUCUUCUCUCUCUGCAGAACACUUGAUGCACCAGCACAUCUUCGUUGGAAACCAAGAAGUGGUCUAUCCCAAAGAGAUGGAACAGGAUGGAUUUGUAUCCUUGUGAACGAUUUCUGGAUUCUUCACAUCAUCCUUCGCAAUGAUGGCACCAUGGUAUGGGAAGAUUGUGCCUUGACCUGUUGCUUGGGCAGCGGCUUUGGUUGUGGCUGCCUUCCUGUGGAAGCCAAACCAGGCAGCUGAGGAGGAGCGCAAGGCUGCAGAGGCCAAGAAGAGAGAAGAAGCCGAGAAGGCUCGUGCUGAGGCUGAAGCCAAGAGGAAAGAAGCAGAGUAAGAGGGCAAGGCUGCCGAGGCCAAGAAGAAGGAAGAGGCAGGGAAGGCCCGGGCGCAGGCUGAGCAUAGAAGAAGGCCGCUGAGGAAGAGCGCAAGGCUGCAGAGACCAAGAAGGAGAAGCAGUGCAGCUUUGCGUAGAGUUGACCGCUGAUACUCCUGGGACAUCCGCCUGGGUCACAGAAGGAUGUAAUGCAGGAUGGCUCCCAUAUUUGUGGAGUAUAUAAGUAAACGCAGAAGAACACCUUUCCUUUUCCAAGGUGUUUCCACUUGCUAUAUGUUUUGUGGUCGGGUAAGCUGGGGGCCACUCUGGACGAGAUGAGCUGAAACACUUUCAACAUCCUUGUAGACCCGACAGUGACUGAAGCAUGAUGAG